UGCUAUAUAUAAUCUUCUGCUCUUCACCUUGGUCCUUAUUAUAUACAUUGUGACAAUAUGUGGAAACCUUAUGAUCAUCAUGUUGGUAUAUUACAGCAAGACCCUUCAUUCCCCCAUGUACUUCUUCCUCUCCCAACUCUCUAUAUCUGACAUCAUGCUGACCACAGAUAUUUCUCCUAACAUGUUACAUAUUGUUCUACAUGAGCGGACCUCCAUAUCCUUUUCUGGUUGCAUAUGUCAGUAUUGGAUUUAUUCUUCAGUAGAAGCAUUUGAAUGUUUCCUUCUGACAGUGAUGUCCUAUGACCGCUAUCUAGCCAUCUGCUCUCCUCUCCAUUAUGUCUCCAUUAUGAAACAAUCACUUUGCAUUCAAUUAGUUCUUGCAUCCUGGAUUUUCAGCUGUUCUAUGGCAUUAAUAGCAACACUCAGCAUAUGUCAGCUAGAUUUCUGUGGAUCAAAUGUUAUUGACUAUUUCUAUUGUGAUUUAAAUCCUCUUAUGGAACUUUCUUGUUCAGAUACAUCCAUAGUUCAAAUAGAAGCCACCUUGUUCUGCUUCCCUGUGCUAAUAUUACCCAUUCUUCUGAUAGUAGUUUCAUAUAUUUAUAUUGUUGUAACUCUGUUAAAGAUUUCCUCCUUUUCAGGAAGACUGAAAUCCUUUUCCACUUGUAGCUCCCAUCUCACUGUUGUGUUUCUAUUUUACGGAACCCUACUUGCUGCAUAUCUGAUUCCAAAGGAAGGACAGUCACGAGUCACCAGUAAGAUAAUGUCGUUGUUGUACACGGUUUUUACUCCCUUUGUAAAUCCUUUCAUAUACAGCUUGAGGAAUAAAGAUAUUAUAGAAAUUGUAAACAAGGUUGUAUAUAACCAAAAGCUAUAA